UAAAGAAGAUGGGGAAAAAAAAUAAAGAAAAUACAACAAACCAAAUUCAAGAGUCUAGAAAGAGAGCAUACACAGUACCUUACAAUCCUGCACUAAUAAAAUUAUAAGAAAUAACAAUAAUAUAACAGCAGCGCUAUUUUUGUGUGACCAAAGCACAAAGCUACCCAACAUUUCAAUACCAUUUCGCCGCAGUCAACUAGAGAGAGAGAGAGGGAGGGGGUUGACCAGGCGUCUUGUGGGUGAGCCACCUGCCCCGAGCCUCACGCCCUCAGCGGGCGUUGAAUUAUUUAUACAAAUCACGCUCCUUGGGCCUCCAUACGCCCACACGUGAACGCUCAUCUCUCCUCUUCCCGCGUGUAUAUAAACAAAUUAUUUAUGGCCUCCACCGUAUAGAAAUAGAAUAGCAAACGAGAAGCAAAGGUAAUUAUGAAAAAGAUGGAAUAGAGAAUCUCCUGAAUUGGACUCCAUAGUUUUAGCCCUUGCCAGAGCGGUGUUCGGUAUUCAUCAGUCCGUGGAGUUAGAGGGAAUCUCCAGAAGAAAGAAGAGAGAGACUGUCGAAAGAAAGAGAAAUAAGAGGGUGGGCGGCGCUGCCGAAAGAAAGAUGGGGAGGAUUCCGUGCUGUGAGAAGGACAACGUGAAAAGAGGUCAGUGGACCCCGGAGGAAGACAACAAGCUCUCCUCCUACAUCGCCCAGCACGGCACCCGUAACUGGCGCCUCAUCCCAAAAAAUGCUGGCCUCCAGCGAUGCGGGAAGAGCUGCCGGCUCCGGUGGACCAACUACCUCCGGCCAGACCUCAAGCACGGCGAAUUCUCCGAGUGCGAGGAGCAGACCAUUGUCAAACUCCACUCCGUUGUUGGAAACAGGUGGUCGCUGAUAGCAGCUCAGCUUCCAGGGCGCACGGACAACGACGUCAAGAACCACUGGAAUACCAAGCUCAAGAAGAAGCUCUCCGGGAUGGGGAUCGAUCCUGUGACACACAAGCCUUUCUCCCACCUCAUGGCUGAGAUUGCCACCACCCUCCGCCCACCCCAGGUGGCACAUCUCGCCGAGGCCGCCCUCGGCUGCUUCAAGGACGAGAUGCUCCACCUGCUCACCAAGAAACGAAUCGACUUCGUUGGCCCAGCAACACCGGCGGUCAGUGCCGAUCCGCGCGUGGCCUACAAUGCUGAUGCCAACCCCAACGAUGACAGGGAAGACACCAUCCAGAAGAUCAAGAUGGGCCUGUCCAGGGCCAUCAUGCAGGAGCCCAACAAUGACAAGGCUUGGGCAAUGAUGGGCCCUACCGGAGAGCCAUCGGAUGGCCUUGCCGGGAUGUGCAACAUGUACCCGGCAGUGGGUGAUGGCUUUCGAUAUGGUGGGACAGCCUACGGUAAUGAUGGCGAGGGGUCAGCAUGGAGUCAGAGCUUGUGCACCGGGAGCACCUGCACUGGAGGUGCGGCAGACCAGCACGGUGGUGGGACGCAUGAGAAAGGCGAGGAUGAUGACGGAGAAGAGGCUGAGGGCGGAAAGGCUGCAAGAAAAGGGGAUACUAGCAUGUUCGGUUCGGACUGCGUUUUGUGGGACUUGUCUGAUGAUUUGAUGAAUCCCAUUGUGUAA